UUGAUCUGAGCCGUCGAAUUGUAUGCUCACAUCCCUUGGAUCUAGGGCUCACAAUAGAUCUUCCCAAUAUAUAAACUCGCGUUAAAAGCUCGCGCCGCCUCCUUCUCUCCGCCUGUACCACUGUGACUCAGAGCUCGCAAAAAUGGUUCAACGGCUUGUUUACCGGUCGCGCCACUCUUACGCCACCAAGUCUAACCAACAUCGCAUCGUCAAAACUCCUGGUGGGAAAUUGACCUACCAGACGACGAAGAAGAGAGCUAGUGGACCCAAGUGCCCUGUCACUGGCAAGAGAAUCCAAGGGCCUGCACUUAAGAUAAGCGUCAUUGGGACUUCUCUUGUGUUUGUCUACGGUCGGAACCGGAGGGCAGUGAACCGUGCCUAUGGUGGUGCUCUUUCUGGAGUAGCUGUUCGGGAGAGGAUCCUCAGGGCCUUCUUGGUGGAAGAACAGAAGAUUGUGAAGAAGGUUUUGAAACUUCAAAAGUCCCAGGAGAAGACUGCCCCAAAGAGUUAGACGAAUUCUUUGUGGAGUUCUAAAAUACAAUUAUAAGAGUGAUGGAUGACGAGGAUUAUCUUGUAGGAAUCGAUAGAUUUGAGUUUGAUCCAGAUUUUGGGCACUGAAAAAUAAAAGAGGAGUUUGGUUUCUAUUAUUUUUGAGUUCAGUUUUGCUCUCAAUUAACAUUUUACUUUCUCGGUUUGUUUUCAUUGGUUUCUUUAUGUAAGUCGUCCCUCCCGAUAUUUGUCAAUAAGCUCAGAAAUAUAAAGCAGGGUUGUGUGAAAUAUAUAGCGCCUUGGACCAACUCAGUCAUCUUGAUUCUUGACUUGUUGAAUCCGACGACUUAAUAACGACACACUUCCAACGAAGUGAAUAAACC